GUUGAGAAAAAAGGACGCUGCAACAAAUUGGUGCUCUUUCAUAAGGCACGCAUUAACUUUCCUGUUUUGACCUUUAAUCAAAUUGUUUAAACAGUCAGAAUUCCUUUUCUCCCUUGUUUGCCGGGUUUUGAAGCUAGUUUGAGGGAUUUAUGGGUAUCAUCCAACUGCGAUUUUUUUUUUUUCCUUUCAUAUGACAAAUUUCUCUUAUAGGAAUUGAAGUUAAAAAUAAGUAAUUAUAGGGAUGUAUCACUUGAACCUUACCAGAUUCUGUCAGCAUGUAUAAUCUUAAAGUAUUGUUUCCUAAUUUCUUAAUUGUUGAAAGUAGGGCCUUGUUUGGUCUCUAGGAUUGGAAUGGAAUGGACAAACUACCAUAUUCAGGGUAUAUUAAAGAUAGAGGUGAAUGAUUUUUCAUGUUGAGGUGAUUAGAAGGGGGAUAUGGAAAAUAAUCCCUUCUGAUCCUUACCAUUUUGGCAGAUUGAAAUGGAAAAUAAUCCAUCUCAUACCUUCAAGUAAGCCACAAUUUUUUCAUUUCUUUCAUCAACAUACCUUGAGUAUAGUGGGUUGUCCAUUUCAAUCCAAUCUUAGAGACCAAAUGAGACCACAAUUUUUUCAUUUCUUUCCUGAACAUACCUUGGAUAUAGGUUUAUAUAUAUAUCAACAUGCUUCAAACAUCUUAAUUUACAAGUUUCUUCUGUUUACCACUUUUAUUUAUAGGUUACAUGCCUUGGUAACAUUGCACGGAACAUAGAUAAAAUUGGAAAGUUUCAUGUCUAUAAAUUAAGAGCCAUGUACCGAAAAAGUUAAUAUCUAUACCUUUAACAUUGCACAUAUGCUGCCUAAGCUGUUUUAGCGAAAAAGUUCAUGUCGGUACGAGGGGCUUUUCGGAAAACCAGAGAUUAGAUAUUUCCCUUAUUUGUCUUCCUGUUUAAAUUAUGAGCCAUGUAUUAAAUUUUCUCAACCUUUAAGAUGUUUGCAGCUUCCUUACCAUGAGAUUACACUUGAGGCUGCACGGCCUGAAGUGUUCAUUGACCAUAAAGGAAAGUACUAGGAUGUGCCUGAGUCAAUUUCCUUAGAUAUGUCAUCACUUGUCUCCGAAUCUGGAUGUGUACAUAAAAACGGUGGUCAUCCCCAGACAGUUAAUUCCAUAGUUGGUGAAGCACCUAUUUCUCUAAUGCCUGGAUUCUGCGCAAACGCUGCCUUUUCUUUUGAAAAAAGCCAAGAUCUUUGGAGGCAAAAUGAGACACAAAAAGACAUCAUGAUACAGAAAGAAAAGGGUUGGUGUUGGCGGCCAUCUUAUGAUAUGCGUCUUAAAGAAUCUCAUGCUGCAGUAUCUGGAAUCUUUGGUGGAAGCUGCACUGCCUGGUUUCAGGAUGGGUACAACCCAGUGGCAGUUGAUAUGAGGGGAGACAAGGGCAAUUUUAGGAGCAAUAAGAAGAGAAGUCCAUUCCAUGCUGAUUUUUUCGGCUGUCUCUGUUAUACUUUCCAGCACGGAAAAUUUAGAGAGCUCUAUGGUGAUCCGACCAGGAUUGACACUCGCCUGGAUAUUUGUUCAGCUUCAGCUUUGGCUAAAAGGGUGAUUAAUGGUUUGAAGAGUUCCUCUGCUAAUAGUGCAACAGAUCCGAUGUCCUCCCCUAGGAUCAAUCUAAUCUUUCAGCACCAGAUUUAUGGGUCAAUCGUCUUUAGACCGGAUUCCAGGGUUGCACUCGACUCUUUGUGCUGGAAACACGCCCCACAUAUUGAGGAUUUCAUAUACAGCUUGAGCUACUCCUUGAGACUUUUAAGAACAGGGAAGGUCGUUGCUUGAUAUUCCCCAAAAAGAAAAGAAGGGAUGAUUGAGUUGCGCUUAUUUUGAGUUUUAACUCCCGAUUUUCAUUUACAUGUUGGAAAUGUAUGUUUUGAUGUGUAUUCCAUUUAGGUAAUUUAGCUAGACAGUAGAAAGCGAGAAGGCUUCCGGUUCAGAAUGUAGUUACAAAGAUUUGAGUAAUACUGUUUUUAUUGAUCGAAGGGAACAGAUUGUCAUCUGCGAGCAAAUAGUAAUUCUGUGUUUAUUGAUCAAA